AUGAGUUUUAGAGGCAACAGCAGGGGCGGCCGUGGCGGCGCCAGAGGUGGGUCCAGAGGCGGCAGAGGCGGUUUCGGUGGCCGGCAGUUCCAGCAGGGUCCUCCGGACUCUGUUGUGGAAAUGGGCGCUUUUAUGCACGACUGUGAGGGCGACAUUGUGUGCCGGUCGAUCAACACCAAGAUUCCAUAUUUCAAUGCCAUGAUUUACUUGGAGAACAAGACCGAGGUCGGCAAAGUGGACGAGAUUUUGGGUCCGCUGAACGAGGUGUUCUUCACGAUCAAGUGUGCGGAGGGCGUCAAGGCGUCCUCUUUCAAGGACGGGGACAAGUUCUACAUUUCGCCUGAGAAGCUAUUACCCAUUGAAAGGUUCAUACCGAAGCCAAAAGUGGCGGGCCCUCCUAAGCCUAAGAGAAAGAGAGCGGCUGGAGGAGCUCCAGGCCGGGGCGGCUUUGGCGGCCGUGGCGGCUCGAGAGGUGGCUUUGGCGGCCGUGGCGGUGCUAGAGGCGGUUUCGGCGGCCGUGGCGGUGCUAGAGGCGGUUUCGGCGGCUUUGGCGGCCGUGGCGGUUCCAGAGGCGGCUUUGGCGGUCGCGGCGGUGCUAGAGGUGGAUCCAGAGGUGGCCGUGGGGGUAAGAGAUUCUAA